CUAAUCCAAAAGUCGCGUGCUGUGCUCUGCUCUGCUCUCGCCUCGCACGGACUCGUGGUAAAGGAUGGAGACCAUGUCGGCUCUCGCGAGGACGGCGCCGCCCCUUGCUGGGACCAUUCGCCGGCCCUCAUGCGCGCUGAGGCCGACGGCGUCCCUCUCCUUCGCCGCCGCUUCAACGACGCCCCGCGGCCGGCUCGGGCUGGGGCUGAGCACGGCGCCGGCGGGGAGCGGGAGGGCGGCCAGGGCUCGCGCCGUCCCGCGGCGCAUCGUCGCCUCCUCGGAGGUUGAGCAAAGCUACAUUAUGAUCAAACCAGAUGGUGUUCAGCGUGGUCUGGUUGGAGAGAUUAUUUCUCGCUUUGAGAAGAAAGGGUUUUUGUUGAAAGGCUUAAAACUUUUCCAGUGCCCCAAGGACUUGGCGCAGGAGCAUUACAAGGAUUUGAAGGAUAAACCUUUCUUUCCUAAGCUGAUCGAUUACAUAACUUCUGGCCCUGUUGUCUGCAUGGCCUGGGAGGGUGAUGGUGUUGUUGCAUCAGCUCGGAAAUUAAUAGGAGCUACUAACCCCCUUCAAGCUGAACCAGGGACUAUAAGGGGUGAUCUUGCAGUUCAAACUGGAAGGAACGUUGUCCAUGGAAGUGAUAGUCCUGAUAAUGGCAAGCGUGAAAUUGAACUGUGGUUCAAAGAAGGCGAGGUCUGCCAAUGGGAAUCAGUUCAAGCACCGUGGCUUAUAGAAUAACUAUUGCUAAUCAUUUCCAGAGUUGUAUUCAAUGUUUUUUUUUGUGUUCGUCUUGAUUCAAGGAGCCAUGCAAGAGUGUAUGAGUUUAGUUCGGCUAAGUAAUUAGCUCAUGAGGGCUUGAAUUAUCGGUUCUUUUUGAGGAUUGAGGAUUUGUGCAACUGAAACCUUUGAUCAGUUGCUCAUGUUGAGAAGCUAAUUUCUUGUCAUAUUUACAUGUAAUAAAGUCCCUCUACUACAGUAAUAAAUUAGUAUUUCCUCUGGUCCAAUU